UUGGAAUGGCGGAAGGGCCCCUGGCCGCAGUUUCUCCAACUGCCUCGGCUGAAUUAGGGACUUCAGCUGGGUCACUGGCUUUGGGUGAGGAUUCAGAAUGGGAGACAAGCCUAUCUGGGAGCAGAUUGGAUCCAGCUUCAUACAACAUUACUACCAGCUCUUUGAUGCAGACAGGACCCAGUUAGGAGCAAUAUAUAUUGAUGCAUCAUGCCUUACGUGGGAAGGACAGCAGUUCCAGGGCAAAGCAGCUAUUGUUGAAAAACUGUCUAGCCUUCCUUUCCAAAAAAUACAACACAGCAUCACAGCACAAGACCACCAACCUACACCUGACAGCUGUAUACUCAGUAUGGUAGUGGGACAGCUUAAGGCUGAUGAAGAUCCUAUCAUGGGAUUCCACCAGAUAUUUCUAUUAAAGAACAUCAAUGAUGCCUGGGUUUGCACCAAUGACAUGUUCAGGCUAGCACUGCACAACUUUGGCUGAGCUGGAAACCCCGAGGCACCCAUGCUUUUUUCUUCUCUCUUCUUUCUGAUAUUAUUCACACUCACGGAACAUUCCAAAUAUCAUACACAAACCUGCAGCACUGCAGAGCGUGAGCAAGCAAGACCUGAGACCUGCCCUUCUGCCGAGUUUACAUUGUCACUAGAUGAGUUCCUUGUGCAUGAUGUUUGGAAGUUACUUAGCUGCAUUUGACAAGAGAAAUUUGUGUUGUACCAGCAUGCCUCGGAAAGAAUUUAUAAUGCAAAGGGUUGCUGUUUAUGUACUGACAAGAUGCUUUAUAACCCAAAGAAAUGAAAGAACAGCAGCCUGUACAGCCCAGAUGUUGAUUUGUUCGGAUGUUUUGAUGCUACAUUACACAAUAAAACCAUGAGAUUUUCUUAACAGUU